AUGUUAGGCUUUCCUCCCAUCCCAGAGAGUCAGCUGGAGAACGCUGACAGACAGGACACAGUGGAUCAGAUGGUGAAGAGAUACGACCAGGAGAGAGCUGUGAUCACACUGAUGAUCCUGAGGAGGAAGCAGCUGGAUGAUCUGACAGAGAAGUUACAGAGAGAUCACGGAGGAGGUAACACAGCAAGACAAUAGAUCUAUCAUUAUACGAUCGGUUCCAUGAUGGGAUGUUAAGAGAUUAUAUUCACACAAGAUCCAUCCUGUUGUUGCUGAGCUGAAAAUGUCAAGUAAAAUGAAAAACAAAAAGCAACUGAAAGCAACUGACUCCAUAAUAACAUUGAAUAGGCCCCUCUUUAAUUUAUUGUGUGUAUCCAGGUGAUGUCAUUGUGAUUAAACAGCACUCAAACUAUCCUACAUAAAAUCAAUAACACAGUGGUUCAGUGGUUUAAAGACACUUACAUUUUUUGUCUUGCCAAUUCACCCUCUGAAUGGCACACAUACACAAUCCGUCUCAACUGUCUCAAGGCUUAAAAAUCCUUCUUUAACCGGUCUCCUCCCCUUCAUCUACACUGAUUGAAGUGGAUUGAACACAUGACAUCAAUAAGGGAUCAUAGCUUUUCACUUGGAUUUACCUGGUCUGUCUAUGUCAUGGGAAGAGCAGGUGUUCGUAAUGUUUUGUACACUAAAAAUGUUUAGUAUUAUUGGAGAUGGACUUUGAGGGUUACUUACAAUGUCUCUCUCUCUCUGCAGCUCUCUCUCUCUCUCUCUCGCUGUACCUCUCUUUCUCUCUGUAGCUCUCUCUCUCUCUGUAGCUCUCUCUCUGAAGCUCUCUCUCUCUGUAGCUCUCUCUCUCUCUCUGUAGCUCUCUCUCUCUCUCUUUGUAGCUCUCUCUCUCUGUAGCUCUCUCGCUCUCUCUCUCUCUCUCUCUGUAGGUCUCUCUCUCUCUGUGUAGGUCUCUCUCUCUGUAGCUCUCUCUCUCUCUGUAGGUCUUUCUCUCUGUGUAGCUCUCUCUCUCUCUCUGUAGCUCUCUCUCUCUGUAGCUCUCUCUCUAAAGGAAAGAAAAGGAAAAUGACUGGUAGUUCUUCUAGUGUGUGUGUGUAUGGAGGCAUUGGGCAGCAAAGACACUGGAAUCCAACAGGACAAAGAUGAACUGUUCACAGUGAGGAGGAGAGGGGAUGGAGACAGAAGAACAGAAAACAGGUAAACUUGACAUGGAAACAUACUUCUAUAUCAGCAAUAUUUUCUAUCUAUUCUGUUGAUUUGAAUCUAGGAAACCCCAAAGCUGUCAGUCCUAGAUCUGGAUGAGCUGUUGGACUGUCCUCCCAUCCUAGAGAGACCACUGAAGAUGGACUGUCCUCCCAUCCUAGAGAGACCACUGGAGAUGGACUGUCCUCCCAUCCUAGAGAGACCACUGGAGAUGGACUGUCCUCCCAUCCUAGAGAGACCACUGGAGAUGGACUGUCCUCCCAUCCUAGAGAGACCACUGGAGAUGGACUGUCCUCCCAUCCUAGAGAGACCACUGGAGAUGGACUGUCCUCCCAUCCUAGAGAGACCACUAGAGAUGGACUGUCCUCCCAUCCUAGAGAGACCACUGGAGAUGGACUGUCCUCCCAUCCUAGAGAGACCACUGGAGAUGGACUGUCCUCCCAUCCUAGAGAGACCACUGGAGAUGGACUGUCCUCCCAUCCUAGAGAUCCCACUGGAGAUGGACUGUCCUCCCAUCCUAGAGAGACCACUGGAGAAGGACUGUCCUCCCAUCCUAGAGAGACCACUGGAGAUGGACUGUCCUCCCAUCCUAGAGAGACCACUGGAGAUGGACUGUCCUCCCAUCCUAGAGAUCCCUCUGGAGAUGGCAAACAGUCUCAACACAGAGGUAGCUGUGAACACCCAGGAUAAAACCCAGAGGAUGGACAAGGAGUUGGGAAGAGAAAGGGGUAACAGCUAUACAGCUAAUAUAUUAAUUUGGAACAAACAUCUGGAAGUUGUAUAGAAAAACAUGAUGAUUGAUCUAUAUUUGGUUCUCUUUAGGUUCUCCUCUCUUCCUGGAACACCAUCACAUGGUAAGACCCUCACUGGACUGAGAGAAAGACUGAAAUUAAAAACUAUUCUUCACACUAUUGGUUGAAUUACAGUAUCUAUUGUUUCUACAUUUUAGAGUUCUCCAGAUGAAUUUACACCUGAAAUCCACGAUCAGGACAACAGGGGAGAAUACCGGUAAUUUGAUACAUUUAAUGUUUCUUAUUGGUAGUUUGUAUAAAAGAAGGACAAUACCUUAAAUCCAGGAAAUGUAAUUAAAAUGUCAUUCUUCACCAUUGUUUGUUCUACAGGUUCCAGUGCCCCAGUGCAGGUCUGUUCCAGUGCAGUAUAACAGGCCUGGUGUUUAGGAUGGAGGGAGAGGGAGAGGUGCUCUAUAGGACAGUCUCCUGGAACAGGAGGCUUCUAGCCCAGAGAGGCAAGAGACCUGCAGGACCCCUGUUCAACAUUGACUGCCCUCUGAAGUCUGUCUGCCAACUACACCUCCCACACUGUCAGAUUCAUUCUGGUAAGUAUUCAUUUCAAGACCGAGCACGCCCCCAUUCUCAUCGACAGGGCUGUAGUGGAGCAGGUUGAGAGCUUCAAGUUCCUUGGUGUCCACAUCACCAACAAACUAUCAUGGUCCAAACACACCAAGACAGUUGUGAAGAGGGCACGACAAAUCCUAUUCCCCCUCACGAGACUGAAAAGAUUUGGCAUGUGUCCUCAGAUCCUCAAAAAGUUCUACAGCUGCACCAUCGAGAGCAUCCUGACUGGUUGCAUCAGGCAACUGCUCGGCCUCCGACCUUAAGGCACUAUAGAGGGUAGUGCGUACGGCCCAGUACAUCGCUGAGCCCAAGCUUCCUGCCAUCCAGUACCUCUAUACCAGGCGGUGUCAGAGGAAGGCCCUAAAAAUUGUCAAAGACUCCAGCCACCCUAAUCAUAGACUGUUCUCUCUGCUACCGCACGGCAAGCGGUACCGGAGCAUCAAGUCUAGGUCCAAAAGGCUUCUUGACAGCUUCUACCCCCAAGCCAUAAGACUCCUGAACAGCUAAUCAAAUGGCUACGGACUAUUUGCAUUGAGCCCCCCCCCCCCCCUUUUACGCUGCUGCUACUCUCUGUUUACUAUCUAUGCAAAGUCACUUUAAUAACUCUACCUACAUGUACAUAUUACCUCAAUUACCUCGACUAACCAGUGCCCCCAAAAAUGGACUCUGUACUGGCACCCCCCUGUAUAUAGCCUCACUAAUGUUAUUUUACUGCUUUUAUUUUUUACUUAUCUAUUGUUUUCUUAACACUUAUUUUUCUUAAAACUGCAUUGUUGGUUAAGGGCUUGUAAGCAUUUCACUGUAAGGUGAACACCUGUCGUAUUCGGCGCAUGUGACAAAUACAAUUGUAUUUUAUUUUAUUUUAUUUGUAUUUUCUAUUGUAAUAUAUCUGAGAAAGAUCUAAAUGUUCUCUUUCUUUCCCAGGUGGUGGAUGUGACUUCCUGUCUGUAGCCCAUGUGACUGAUGACAUCAUUGAGUUUAUCCAUCCUCUUGAGAUAACAGAAACACACAUCAUAAUAAUCACUGGAUUCUCUGCUUAUGGCAACGUCCAUGAAGAAGAUGCUCCCAUCUCCCCUAUUCAGGGGCUUGUGGUCCUCUGUAGCUCAGCUGGUAGAGCACGGCGCUUGUAACGCCAAGGUAGUGGGUUCGAUCCCCGGGACCACCCCAUACACAAAAAAAAUAUAUGCACGCAUGACUGUAAGUCGCUUUGGAUAAAAGCGUCUGCUAAAUGGCAUACUAUACUAUACUAUAUUGUUAUUCCACCAACUGUUUGUCCCUGAAGAGAGGUCCAUCCUGAAUGUGUUGUUGCUUCCCAGUAAUGUUGUGAUCAGGGAGGUCAGCAUAACAUUUCAAACCCCACUUCUAUCUGGCUGGAAUUCCACCAAGCUGGCAGUGUCAAACGCACAACAUGGAAACAAUAACAUGUGCCCUGUGCCUCAAGAAUGCAUGUUCAUAUACUAGUUGAAAUCAAACCAGAGUCAAGUAAUUACGUCAAAGUACUUGAUGUGUGCUUGAUUUAGCUUUGAGUUUGCACUUUUGUGACUGUUUCAUUCGUUCCAUUAUGCAAGGAAAACUAAAGUAAGCACAGCUGAUUGAAACUAACAAAGCAGAUAUGUAUUGUGAUGAAAACAUAUGACCUACAAGCAACAUGUAUUUGAUUGAAGCACAAUGUAUCUGUCCAUUGUUGAUUCUCAAGGUGCAGGAUGAGAGGAAGAGAAGGAAUGGAGACAAAGAAACCUUCAUUGAAACAAAUCCUCACUGCAAUCUAACCCCGAACAAACCAUACAUCCUCUCCACAAAUAUUACACAUGGAUACAGGAUCAACCCAACAGUAAUAUCUAUAAGCCAUAAAGAGAUUACAACUUUUGAUAUUUAUUUAGCUGUGACCUCAGUAUAUUCACAUUCCAUGUAAGAUCGUAGAUACUGACUCUUGCUUUUUGUGUUCCAGACAGCAGAAUUUUUGGAUUUCUAUCAAAACUACUUACUCACAUUUCAGUUGUUGUUAGAAACUAUAGUUAAAGAAGUUGAACUUCUUCUGAAAGAAAAGGAAGGUGAUGAACUUGUAUGGAACGGACUUGUCUGGUUGCCAGGUAACAAACAUUCAGAGCUCAAAUCCAAUCAAAUGAAGUCAGACCUGUUGUGCUGUUACAUGUUUUUAGUUCUCUUACAGCGUUAUUGUUAUUGAACUAUGAUGUCAUUAUAUCAUAUGAUUAUGGUUGGUUAUAAUGAAUAUACCUUUUAUCAGAUAGUAAAACACCUUCUCUUUUCAUCCUCACCAACAGAUGUCACCUCUACAGGUACUGUUGACCUUCCACUGACAUUCACCAUCAUUAUAAACCUCUCAAUAACAAACUACAGAUUCAUCACCAUUAUAAACCUCUCAAUAACAAACUAGAGAUUCAUCACCAUUAUAAACCUCUCAAUAACAAACUAGAGAUUCAUCACCAUUAUAAACCUCUCAAUAACAAACUACAGAUUCAUCAUCAUUAUAAACCUCUCAAUAACAAACUACAGAUUCACCAUCAUUAUAAACCUCUCAAUAACAAACUAAAGAUUCACCAUCAUUAUAAACCUCUCAAUAACAAACUAGAGAUUCAUCACCAUUAUAAAAGUCUCAAUAACAAACUAGAGAUUCAUCACCAUUAUAAACCUCUCAAUAACAAACUAGAGAUUCAUCACCAUUAUAAAAGUCUCAAUAACAAACUAGAGAUUCACCAUCAUCAUAAACCUCUCAAUAACAAACUAGAGAAAGUUAAUCUUAUCAUCCUAGAUAGGAUUUUAAUACAUCAUUUCCCCCUCCCAGUUUCAGCUGUUUCCCUUGCAGCCCCUCCUGCCAACCCCUCUACCCUCCCUGGUAGAGCCUUCAUCAGAAAUCACAGGAUGGCUCUAAAGACUCGCCUGUGACUCUUGCAGCCCAUAUGCCUGCGUCUCCAGGAUCGUGGGGUUCUGAUUGACGAGGAGAGGGAGGAGGUGGUCAGCAAAUCCACCAAGACCCUACAGAACCAAGCCCUGCUGGACAUGGUGGUGAGGAAGGGGGCUCGCGCCCAGGAACACAUCUACCAGGUCCUGAAGGAAGUAGAUCCCUACCUGGUCGAAGACCUGGAAGAGCAGACAGUCUGA